CCCCCCUCAACCAAAAAUCCCCAAAUCUCAAAUCCCUAAUUUUUGAACCAAAAAUCCCCAUCUCUCUCUCUCGCGACUGUGAGCACGGCAGACAAUGGCGUCGAGCGACGGGGUUAAGGAGCCUCACUCUUUUGUUUCUCACUCCAUUGGCUUUCCCUCUGCUGCUCUCACUCCAGUGGCGAACGAGCUGCUCAGGGACCACCGCAGCCAUUAAUAGCAGGCUCGAAGCUUUCAACUUCAAGAACAUCGGUCCGCUCAGAUUCACAUGAUUGAAGAGGCUCUCCGAUUCGCCGGUGUUCCUGGAUAUGGCUGGUGCCUGAAACAAUGGUUAUUGCAAGGACAACUGCUGUCAAAGCUGAAAGAAGACACUUAGUUUCUGAGGCUUAUAAUCCCAAACUUAAGCUUGUAAGCAAUGAAGUUUUAAAGGCUCAUCAUCCCAAACGAACACAAGAUGAAUCAGCAGCAGUAAAAACAAGGAAUAUAUUUCUACCGAGGGCCUCUCCGAAGUCAAUAAACCAAAAGGUUGCAAAGUCUAACAAAAAAUAUUUCAUGGUUAUGGGAAUUAAUACAGCUUUUAGUAGCCAAAAGCGAAGAGAUUCCCUGCGGGAGACGUGGAUGCCCCAAGGUGAGAAAAGAAAGAAGCCAGAGGAAGAGAAGGGCAUUGUCAUAAGCUUUGUUAUUGGUCACAGUUCAACAUCCGAUGGUAUUCUUGACAAAGCUAUUGAAGCAGAGGAUAGAAAGCACAAGGACUUCUUGCGGCUGAAACAUGUAGAGGGCUACAAUGAAUUGUCAGCGAAAACAAAGAUAAAUUUUGCUACCGCUGUUGCUUUGUGGGAUGCAGAUUUCUAUCUCAAAAUUGAUGACGACGUUCAUGUAAACAUAGGUAUAGAAAAGUUGGGCUUUGGUGGUAAUGUGGUAGUGAAAGUGGUUUAGUUAUUCAACAACAGCUAUGGGUUCGUCUUAUUUUGAGGGUUAGAAAUUUUUUGGAGAGAUGCAAAAUAUGAUCAAAGAAUUCAAUGACUUAAUUUUUCAAGUUUUUUUUUUUUUUUAUUUUUUAAUAAAUGUAAGCACAGUUUAAAAUUUUUUAUUUAAUUCCUUUGUAUAUACUUUUGAACA